CGAGAGUUGGUAUCAGUCCGUUUUACUUCUUAACGAAGAACAUCGUUCCGACAAGAAGAAAGAACCACAUAAAGAAAUGGCUUUGUUUAUUGGUGCUCUGCUUGCCGUGGUUAUAGUGGUAGUAGCAGGUGAUUGUAAACCAAAAUAUGAUCUGACACAGUCAGCAUUUACGGCCAAGAUGACAAGGAGCAUCAACGCAUCGCCAACCAAAAAUACACGUAUCGUCUUCGAUUCACUCUUGACAAACAUCGGCAAUGACUACAAUGCUGAAAACGGCAAAUUUACUACUAGAAUCGCAGGAACGUAUGUUUUCACCCUAACUCUAAUGAGUAAGUACUCAUCUAGAAGCACGGCGUUUGGUUGUUUGCAUAAGAAUGGUAAAGAACAGUUCUGCGUCUGGUCCAAUGGAAACAACGCCCACGAGACGUCAAGCAAUACGAUCACAAUCAAUCUUAAAAAGGGUGAUGUCGUUGACAAUGUCCUAAAGGCUGGCAAAAAUUAUGCACUUCACAACUACGGUCAAGCUGGAUACUGUUCAUUUACUGGCUUCUUGCUUUAUCCAGAAGUUAGUGUUCUGGAAAAUCUAUUAAAGACCAUCGACACCCUGAGUAAAUAGGCAUAUAGGCCUAUGAAAAAUACUGAGGUAUCCUCUUACGGUCACUCAGUAGCCUUACUUGGUGGUGGUAGUACAUUCGACUAAUUCAGGGAAUAUAAAUUGAUAGACAGGCAGACGACAUGAUAUAAUAAAAUUUAUUGCAGUGACUUUACAUAGUUUACGUGUUUAACAACUAUUUUGGCACUUUUAUUUACACAUUAAGAUAUAUAAGUUUACGUGUUUAACUACUAUACUUUGUCACUUUUCUUAACACAAUAAAAGACGAUGUACAAUUAUUGACGGUUGACACAAAUCUCUUAAAAUAUAAUAAAAUAAAACGGAUAUAAAAAAACACCGUGUUAAUUUAAAUUCUGUACAAUUUCUAAUCGACUCCUUCUACUAUGUUUGUGACCCGUGCUCAAUAAAAGUCAUCGCUACCCUGAAA